GAGACCCCCCAGAACAUGGACCGAGUGACCAGAUACCCCAUCUUCAGCAUCCCCCACUCACCCCGUGUGGCCGGCAUGGCCUUCAAAGGCGACACCAGUUACACGUUUGAGCUGGUGGGCGUGGGGUCCGUGGCCAGCGACUGGGGCCAGGAUGAGCCACUGGCAUGGCCUGCUGACCACGAGGCCUCUCUGGAAACGGUGCAGACGGGGACAUCCCUCAGCCUGCGUGUCUUCCCCGGCCAGCUGGCCCCAUGGCUGCCCUGCCCGGAGGACGAUGAGGAGGAGGGAGUGAAGGCCUACCAUCUGGAGGCCAGGGACACCCCACCCUGGUGGCCACGUGACCUGGAGUGGGAGCGCCGGGCGGUCAUUCAGGACCAGGCGGUCAGGAAGAGCGGCACGGUGGCCAUGCUCCAUGGCACCCCUGACCACGGGGAGCCCAGGAGCCCCGGCCAACCACAGUCCACGCCCCUGGAGGAGAACAUGAUCGACACAGAGCAGAUCGACUUCCUGGCAGCCAGGCGGCAGUUCAUGAGCCUGGAGCAGAGAAACCCUCCACCCGGGGUGGUCCACGCCCGUGCGGGGGUUCCUCGGGACCCCUCACCCGGGGUGACCCACGCCCGUGCGGGGGUUCCUCGGGACCCCUCACCCGGGGUGACCCACGCCCGUGCGGGGGUUCCUCGGAACCCCCCACCUGGGGCCAGCCAGGCCUCCAAGGCCCUGAACGGGCCACCCCUGGUCAAUGGGUAUGUCGUCCCAGUCAAGCCUCAGGCGAAGGAAGUGGUCACGGAAGAGAAGACAGUCCACGGUUUGCCCGCCAGGUCUGGUGCCCGAGCCUUGGACGACCCUGGUUCCUGGUCCCAAGAGGGGUCCCCGGAACCCGCCAAGGAGACACCCAUUGAGCGGGAGAUCCGGCUAGCCCAGAAGCGGGAGGCAGAGCUCCGGGAGCAGAGGGGGCUGCAACGGGCGGCCAGCUACCAGGAGCUGCUGGAGAUCCCAGCCAGGCCGCUGCUGAGCAAGGUGAGCCUGGCCGCAGCCCCGCGGCCGCACAGGGGGCGCCCAUCGCUCUAUGUGCAGCGGGACAUUGCUCAGGAGUCGCAGCGUGAGGAGGACCACCGGCGGGAGUGCCUGCAGGUGGGCCGGGCGUCCACAUCCGAUUGGUUCUCCGAAGACCCCCAGCCCAUUCUCAGGAGAGUCCACAGCUCAGACUCCAUCCUCAGCCCGACCCCAGAUGCCAGCGCAGCCAGCCCCACACCAGAGGUGAGGAAGGUGAACCGCAUCCCACCUGAUGCCUACCAGCCAUACCUGAGCCCCCGGAUGCCCCCGGGAGAAUCCCCAGCCUUCCACACCUACCGCAAGCCCAGCGGUCUCUCUGCAGAUGAGGCCAGGCCUGUGGGCUCUCCAAAGGCCACAGGGUCUCAGAGGCAUCCCUCGGGAUCCUCUGCAAAACCUUCAAGCACAAAGCAGGAGCCUCCCCGGGGACCCCUGUGUGCCAACAGGGGUGUCGUGCGAUGGGAGUACUUCCGCCUGCGUCCCCUGAGGUUCAGGGUCCCGGAAGAGCCUGAGAAAGCUGAGGCCCCCCGAGUUUGGGGCUGGGAGGUGGCUGGGGCCCCGGCACUGAGGCUACAGAAGUCCCAGUCAUCGGAGUUGCUGGAGAGGGAGGUGGAGAGCGUCCUGCGGCGGGAGCGGGAGGUGGCUGAGGAGCGGCGGAGUGCUCUGUACCCUGAGGUCUUCUCCCCGCCUCCGGACGAGUGCUGUGACCAAGAUUCCAGGAGCUCCUCCCGCGCAUCUGGCAUCACGGGCAGCUACUCGGUGUCUGAGUCACAGUUUUUCACCCCCAUCCACCUGCACUCGGGCCUGGUGUGGACAGCAGAGGCCUCAGCUGAGGAUGCUCCCAGGCAGAGAAAGAAAAAUGAGCAGUGGUAUGCCGGCAUCAACCCCUCGGACCAUGUCAACUCGGAGGUCUUGGAGUCCACACGGGUAACCCGCCACAAGAACGCCAUGGCGGAGCGCUGGGAGGCCCGGAUCUACACCAGCGAGGAUGAGGAUUGAGCCUGGGGCCAGGCGCCCACCCCCUGCCCUGCCCUGCCAUGGCCCCGUGGGAACAGCGGACCGUCCUGAGCCCUCAUCUUAGGACAUAGGUUCCUGUUUAAAUCCAGAUCUGAGAACCACAAAUCUCAUGCUGCCAAGCCCAAGGGUGGAUGCACUUUUGGGCUUGAGGGUUUUCUUUUCUGCUUUUAUUUUCCUGCAGAAAUCGUUGUGCUUUCUGGGUCUAAAGCUGGGGAUGUCUCCUUCUGCCCCUAUGAUGUUGCCAAACGCUCUUGGGUCCAGGGAGGAAGGAGACCAGCUCCCCCACCUCCAGAUGUAAUUGUUCCCGCUAGUCUGAGAGGGGAGACGCUUGGCUCCUUCCUCUGGGACAUCCCAAUCUAACAGGGGAGACCUGCCCUGCUCCAGCCCUGGGAAACCUCCAGUCUGAGGGCCAGCCCCGGGCAGAGAAAAGGGCUCGAUUUGGGUUCUGAAGGGGGUCCUUCUGUCCCCCCAUGAAAUAAAGCAGCUGCGGGCCCGUCCUCCGCCUGGUGUGGGCGGCCACCCUGAACCUCUU